AUUUUGUGUGUUCUGUGUUUAGGUUUAACCUUAGAAAUGGAGCGGUACAUAGGAUGUGAGAUUUCUAAAGUGCCUUUAUCUAAUAUUGCUCAGAGGAUUAUGACAGCUUUGCAGUCUAUUCCUGUAGAAGCUCAGACUAACAGAGAAAAUAACCAGAGUAUAGAGAAGACAAAGGAAAAUAAACUAAGGGAUAAGGAUGCACAUCUGAGAAAUGAAAAGGAGAAUUAUAAUUCCAGAAUUGCCACAUUAAAAACAACUAUCAGCCCUGAAAAAAGAACUGCUGGUCAGAUAGUCAGGACAGUGCAUAUGGAUAAAAUACUUGGCUGUCAAGAUACCAAAAUACUAAGCUGUUACCAGGAUUCAGGCUUCCCAAAAUGGGGAUAUCAAGAAAGGAGUCUUUCAGUAGAAGAAAAAACCCUGAAGGAUAGGGAAAACAAAAUAGUUAUUCCUCUUAAAAGAAAGCAAAACUUGUCUACAUCUUGUUCAGAGAAAACAAGAAGAUUGCAUGUAAAUACCUACAUAUUACAUGAAAGAAGAUACAGCUGUACUCCUGGACAAAUAAAUUCUUCUGGAAAGUAUCCUUGUGAUAUCAGCAGUUUAGGAUGUGAAGAAAAAAGCAAAUUCCUUGCAACUAUAGAACAAGCAGCAGCUUUUAUCACUACUAUGAUAUUUCAAGAUGGUUCUUCACAGCUCAACUCAGAGCAGGCCUCUACCUCAUCAGUAAAAGGAGUUGUUGUGCUGGUGAAGAAUCAGACUGAUCAGCCUUGUCCUCCAGGUCACACUUCCACUGGCUAUACUUGGAAUGCUGCAAAUGAAAAUGAUAAAUUAAUUUAUUUAAAAACUGAACAGUCAUCUCUCUGGGAACAGGAACAAGAACAAGCUCAUAAGAAAUUUUCUUGGCAAGUGUUGUUUCAAAUGCUGCAGUGCAAAGUUCCUAUAAUUUGCUUCAAUGCAAAAGAUUUCCUGAGGAGUCUACUUCAAAUUUAUGGUAAUGAAAUCAGCUGGAAACAAGUUGCCAAUAGUGUCGUGUUAGAUCCAAGGAUUGCAGCAUGGCUGAUAAACCCCAGUGACACAGUUCCUUCCUUUGAGUGUUUAAUACAGAAGUAUUUUGAAAAGCCUUUUUCAAAGGGAGCAGAAAAUACAGAUACAGGCACUUUGAGAAAUGUAUCUUAUCAACACUUAGGUGUGAACUUGGAGAAGCUUUAUAAUGUAAUGAUGGACCUUGCUCAUGGCUUAAAGGCUCAAGGUUUGUGGAACUUAUUUUGCACUUUAGAGCUUCCACUUAUCAAAAUUCUGGCAGUGAUGGAAACACACAAAAUAUAUGUGAACAAACAAGAACUGAAAAAAACAUCAGAGCUUCUAGGGCUGCGGCUCAAAGAGCUUGAACAGGAGGCUCAUGAGGCUGCAGGAGAACGAUUCCUCUUGACCAGCAGCUGUCAGCUCCGAGAGGUACUAUUUGAUAAGUUAAAACUCCAUACCCUGUGUGAGAAACUUCACAGAACUGAAAUACAACAGCUCGUCUCCACCUCAGAAGUUGUGCUAAAUAAAUUGCAAGAUCUUCAUCCUUUGCCUAAGAUAAUUUUAGAAUACCGCCAGGUUCAUAAGAUGAAGUCAACUUAUGUGGAUGGACUACGAACGUGCAUGAAAAAGGGAUUCAUUUCCUCUACUUGGAAUCAAACAGGAACUGUGACUGGCAGACUUUCAGCCAAACAUCCUAACAUUCAAGGUAUCUCUAAACAUCCAGUUACAAUUACGAAGAAACAGUACAUAAAAGGAAAAGAAGAGGACAUAAUAACUAUUUCCCCAAGAACACUAUUUGUUUCAAAAAAAGGAUGUACAUUUUUAGCAGCAGACUUUUCCCAUAUUGAAUUAAGGAUCCUUGCUGACUUAUCAUCUGAACCAGAACUUCUGAAACUGUUCCAAGACCCUGAAAUCACUGAUAUCUUUGCUACACUGGCCUCUCAGUGGAAAGGGAUUCCAAUUGAACAAGUGAAACAUGCUGAUAGGGAGCAAGCAAAGCGUAUCGUUUACUCUGUGGUUUAUGGAGCAGGUAAAGAACGCCUCGCUGACUGCUUGGGAAUUACUCCUGUUCAAGCCAGUCAAUUUAUAGAGAGUUUUAUGCAAAAAUACAAGAAAGUGCAUGAAUUUACAAAGCAAACCAUUGAGCAGUGCCGGAAUAAAGGUUACGUGGUUUCCAUAAUGGGACGCAAAAGGCCCCUGGCCAACAUCAAUGCACAGGAUUACAAACUGCGCACUCAAGCAGAGAGGCAGGCUGUAAAUUUUGUUGUUCAAGGCUCUGCAGCUGAUCUUUGUAAAAUGGCUAUGGUGAAGAUUUUUGCCUCUGUUGUCAUUUCUCCAACUUUAACAGCCAGGUUAAUUGCCCAGAUCCAUGAUGAAUUGUUGUUUGAAGUAGAAGAUUCUCAAAUCCAGGAAUUCUCAGCACUGGUAAAAAGAACAAUGGAGUCCCUGCAGGAAACCACAGCCUUGGAAGUGCCACUGAAGGUUCCCUUGAAAGUGAUUCUCACCACUGGGAAAUCAUGGGGGUGUAUGACAGAAUUGCAGGAGAUGUAAAGCAGUCAUUGGGGAUGUUAUUCAGUACCCAAACACCUCAUUGGCCUGUGCUGAUUCCUGGCUGAAUCACUAGGCAACAGCGCUGCUGGAUCUUUCAUAAGCACCUAAUACUCUGCAUGUGAAUUUUUUUACUUCAUUUUGUCUGUAGCCCUAGGCAACAGCAGUGAGAUAAAACUGGUUUUUACCAGUUCAUUGUGUUUCCUUUAGCCAAGGUAUCCAGCAGGGAGCUGCUUUUGUUCACAGCUAAAUUACUACAUGUAAGAAAUGAAACAAGACAGUAUUAACCCUUUGGGAGCAUCACAAAUAUAUUUGAGUUACACAGAUGUUUAGACUUUAAUGUUAAAUAUUUUGUGAAGUGCUUGUGUAGAAAUACUUAUAAGCUGUGGCAGUAUUUGAACUGUGUCAGAUGCUUGACUGUUGUGUUCAGCUUAUUUUGUAUUUUGUGAGUAGAUUGUACUGCUUGGUGUUCAUCACAUAUUAACUGUCCCAUCCUCAGACUUAGAAAAAGAGUUAAUGAACCAAAUUUUUGUCUAGAAUUUUGAAGCAAAACAGAUAAACAAAACUAGAAGUUUAAAUGUAUUAAAAAUAAGGAGAUUGUUGUCCAUUCAAUAAUUUCAAACUGAGUUUGCACCAUAGCCUUAGCAUACUUUAGACAAAGUAUUACAAUUUUGCCUAAUCUAUUAUUUCUAUUGCUGAUAUAAUGACAAAUAAUGUUUAGAUAAAUUUUAGGAUUCAGCCUUAUCCUUUUUUAGGAUUCAGGCUUUUACUUCAACGUUCGGAUUUUUUAUUAGUAAUUCGUUUUCCUGUAGAGCUUAUUCUUCAAAUGAGAUUUGUUUCAUACCAUUACUGUUUUACAAAUUCUGUCUCUGUGCUUGUGGAAUAUGAAAUUGUCCUUGAAGUCUACUAAUUAUUCAGAAGUUAAAGU